AUGGGCGCCCAUUGCCCCCCGCCAGCCGAGACGCUGAGCAUCGAGCGCUUUGCAGCGCUGCUGGUGGUGGUCUGUGACGGCCACGCACCGCUGCUGCAAGGCAUGCUGGGCCAGCCACAGGAGCGCGUGCGGCUGGUGCUGCUGCCCGCCUCGGCCCACCCACCAGACUACUGCACACGGCACCUGGCGGUGCAGGCGGCAGAGGGGCGGCUGCCCCGCGCCCCCGCCUCUCUGCGCAGCCUGCAGCCGCCCUACGUGACCCUGCGCCACUGCCCGGCUGCCCGUGGGAUCGCGGCCGCCGUUGGCUGGACCAGCAGCCACGGCCCGGCUCUGGUGCUGGACAGCGAGACCACUGGCCUGUCUGGCCGCGACUACAUCCACCAGUUGGCUGUGCUCAACCUGAGCUCCUGCCAGCUGCUGACAGCCCUGCUGCGCACGUGCCCGCGCACCACCGGGCCUGCCGCUGCCAAGGCAAGCCCUGCAGGGGCUGGGAGUGUGUGCGGGGCCAACAACCAGGCCUUGCACGACCCCAACCGCCCCACCUUUGGCCAGCUGGCGCCGCUGCUGCACGCCUUCAUUGCCGGUGGAGGCGUGACCAGCGGCUCAGGCGGCCACCAGCCUGCGCCGCCGCUCGUCGUGGGGCACAAUGCUCCCUUUGAUGCUCGCAUGCUGAUUGCGGAGUGGGGGCGCCGCGACCUGCCUGUGCCGCGGGAGUGGAGGCUGCUGGACACACUGCCACUGGCUCGCGAGUGCGUGCCAGACUGCGCCAACCACAAGCAGGGCACGCUGCGCCAGCGCUUUGGCGUGACGCUGGCGCCGGGCGAGGCGGAGCACGAUGCGGGCAGCGACGUGACGGUGCUGGCCCAGCUGCUGCCGCACCUGGUGCAGGCGUCGGGCGCAGGGACGCUGCUGGCACUCCUGGAGGGGCGGGUGCUCAGGAGGAACGGCGAGAGCUUUGGGCGCACGUUUGGAGAUGUGCAGUUGAAGAUGCGCGGCGCUGUGGCGGGAGGGGAGGGCGCAGCUGAGGCGGCGGCCUUCACAUGCGGCUUCUGCCACUCGCGGGUGGUGGAGUGA